AUGCCGAGAGGCACUCGUAGACUCCAAUUGACCGCCAAGCAGGGUCAUAACUUCUACAAAGGUACUGGAUCCGGUGCCAUGGGUCGUCACACUAAGCAGGGUGGAUAUAAAGUUGACUGGUCAAAGGUCCGCACCUUCGUUGUUCCUGAUCUCCAGAACUUUUCGGUAUGUUUUGUAUUUGUAUUUAGCGAAUGA